AUGUCACCACAGGAAGUUGCCCUAUUCUCUUCGCCUAAGGAGACUGACAAGGAGUCAGAUGGCGAAACAGGCAAUGAAUCUGAUCACAGUCAAGUUCAAGAAUCCACACAGGCAUCUGUUCAGGAUUCUGCUGAUAAAUCAGAGAAAGCUGAGAAAUCAAAUGUGCCACCUGAAUCAGGUGAUAAGCCAGAAGCAUCCAGGAGUCUGUGGGAUAGAAUUAUCGAAAUGUGCUGCUGCAUAAGCACAGUUGAGGAUGAGUCCACUUACACAACGUAUUAA